AUGAGAUUUUCGGCGCUAUCCCUCGGCCUUUUGGCCUUAUUGACGCCGCUUACGGCAGCGUGGUCUAAGGAAGACCGCGAAAUCUUCCGAGUCCGCGACGAGCUCAUUGCCCAUGAGGGGCCCGACGUCACCUUCUACGAGUUCCUCGGCGUCAGCAAGUCCGCCAGUCUCGAUGACAUCAACAAGGCCUACAAGAAGAAGGCCCGUCAGCUGCACCCUGACAAGGUCAAGCAGCAGCUCCAAGCUGAGCGCGUCAAGGCCCAGAAGGAGAAGGCCAAGCUGCAGCAACAGACCGGCGGCAAGCCGAUUCCCCAGGUGAUCAAGCCUCCCACGAACGCCGAGGUCAAGGCGGCCGUCAAGCGCGCCUCGGAGCGCCAGGCCCGCCUGUCCAUCGUCACCAACAUCCUCCGCGGCCCAAUGCGCGAUCGCUACGACCAUUUCCUCAGCAACGGCUUUCCUACGUGGAAGGGCACCGAGUACUACUACAACCGCUACCGGCCCGGCCUGGGCACCGCGAUCGCGGGCGUUUUCCUCUUCGCCGGCGGCGCCGCCCACUACCUUGCCCUUUACAUGAGCUGGAAGCGCCAGCGCGAGUUCGUCGAGCGUUACAUCAAGUUUGCACGCCAUGCCGCUUGGGGCGAGAACCUCAACAUCCCCGGUGUCGAUGCCGCUCCGGUUGCCGCUCCUCCUCCUCCUCCUCCUCCCCCGCCCGCCCAGCCGCAGAUGAUGGAAGACGAAGACGGAAACAUCAUCCCCAUGAACCGCAAGAUGCGCAGAAUGCAGGAGCGCGACGCCAAGAAGGACAAGCAGGACAACAGCCAGAAGACCACCAGCCGCCGUGGCCGUCGCGGCCAGCAAGCCGCUGCCGCUGCCGCUUCCGCUCCCGCCUCCGGCUCGGCCACUCCCCAGCCUGCUGCCCAGGGUAACGGACCAACUGGCGCCAAGAAGAGGGUCGUUGCCGAGAACGGCAAGGUCCUUGUUGUGGAUUCGUUGGGCGAUGUCUACCUCGAGCAGGACGACGAGGAGGGUAACACGGCCGAGUAUCUGCUUGACCCCAACGAACUCCACCGCCCAACCAUCUCCGACACCGCCAUCGUCCGCCUCCCCCUCUUCGUCUACGGCCUCACCAUCGGCCGUCUCUUCUCCAAGAAGCGCAAUACUGACGACAUCAAUGACGAAGAGUACGAGGAAGUUGCCGGCUCCGAUCACGAUGACAAUGACUCGGAGCCUGGCAAGGCCACGCCGAGCACCACCGACUCCGCCGAGGACUUUGAGUUGCUGGAGAAGAGCGUAGAUGAGCUGGGACAGGCCAAGUCUACGGGCAGCCAGAAGCAACAGGGCGGUAACAAGGCUGGAAAGCGCAAGAAUAAGAAGAGGUGA